AUGGCCGUGGUGUUGAUCGUGGUGGUCGUCAUGGUGGUUGUCGUGGUGGUUGCAGUGGUGGUUGUGAUGGUGGUCGUGGUGGUCGAUGUUGUGGUCGUAAUGGUAGCCGUGAUGGUUGUCGAUGUUGUGGUCGUCAUGGUGGUUGUCGUGGUGGUUGCAGUGGUGGUUGUGAUGGUGGUCGUGGUGGUCGAUGUUGUGGUCGUAAUGGUAGCCGUGAUGGUUGUCGAUGUUGUGGUCGUGAUGGUGGUCGUGAAGGUAGUCGUGAUGGUUGUCGAUGUUGUGGUCGUUGUGGUAGCCGUGAUGGUUGAUGAUGUUGUGGUCGUGGUGGUAGCCGUGAUGGUUGUCGUGGUGGUAGUCGUGACGGUGGUCGUGAUGUUGGUCGUGAUGGUUGUCGAUGUUGUGGUCGUAGUGGUAGCCGUGAUGGUUGUCGAUGUUGUGGUCGUGCUGUUGGUCGUGAUGGUUGUCGAUGUUGUGGUCGUGAUGGUUGUCGUGAUGGUUGUCGUGAUGGUUGUCGUGAUGGUUGUCAUGAUGGUUGUCGUGAUGGUUGUCGUGAUGGUGGUCGUGAUGGUGGUCGUGAUGGUGGUCGUGAUGGUGGUCGUGAUGGUGGUCGUGGUGGUGAUCGUGAUGGCUGUUAUGAUGGUUGUCGUGAUGGUUUUCGUGAUGGUGGUCGUGGUGGUGGUCGUGAUGGUGGUCGUGAUGGUUGUCGUGAUGGUUGUCGUGAUGGUGGUCGUGAUGGUGGUCGUGAUGGUGGCCGUGGUGGUGUUCGUGAUGGUGGUCGUGAUGGUUGUCGUGAUGGUUGUCGUGAUGUUGGUCGUGAUGGUGGUCAUGGUGGUGGUCGUGAUGGUGGUCGUGAUGGUGGUCGUGAUGGUGGUCGUGAUGGUUAUCGUGGUUGUGGUCGUGAUGGUGGUCGUGAUGGUGGUCGUGAUGGUUGACGAUGUUGUGGUUGUGGUGGUGGUCGUGAUGGUGGUCGUGGUGGUGGUCGUGAUGGUUGUCGAUGUUGUAGUCGUGGUGGUGGUCGUGAUGGUUGUCGUGGUUUUGAUCGUGAUGGUGGUCGUGAUGGUGGUCGUGAUAGUUGUCGAUGUUGUGGUCGUGGUGGUGGUCGUUUGA